AUGGGGCGAAAUCAAAGCCUGAUUGUGCCGACGCUGGGGAACCGCGACUGGGUGCCGGCUAACGCCAUGCGGUCCGUGGACGCGGCGGCUUACCGUGGUUUCAUCAUCAGCGGGGGCUUCAAACAGCUGCUCCCCGAGGAAGUCUGGCGAAACUUCGAACGUGGCGGGUACUACAGCCUGCAGCUCUCAAAGAACAUUCGUCUGGUGUGCCUCAACACUGUGCUGUGGUACACCCUGAACAACGGUGGGCGGUCUAGGUCAAGGGGUGACCCGCAGCUGGAAUGGCUGAGAGAGCAGUUGCAUGACGCACAGCGACACGGACAGAAGGUGUUUAUUUCUGGACACAUCGGGCCGGGCUUUUUCCUCAGGUCCCUCCCGGGUGAGCCGGCCAACAUUUUGUUCUUUGAUGACGUCAACGAUGGCUAUCAAGACCUCAUCAGCGAUUACAAAGACGUUGUGGCCGGACAGUUUUUCGGCCAUCAGCACGAACAUGCCUUCGUCUUACUAUCAGACAAAGCAGGCACGCCAGUAAGCUGUGCCCAUUUGACCGGGUCGGUGACGCCCUACGGCAGUAGCCACCCGCUUCAUAAGUUCACUUCUGUUUCCGUCAACCCGUCUCUGCGCCUCUACAGCUACCGACGCUCCAACGGCAUGCUCCUAGAUUACACCGUCUACUACUUGGAUCUGCAAAAGGCCAACAUGGCUGCUGCCUCCAAGGUGCUUCAACUGGUCAUUGGCCACCAAGUGCCACGAUGGGAGCGCCUAUACUCGGCAAAGGAUGAUUUUGGCUUGCAAGACCUCAGCACGACUUCAAUGUUAGAACUGGCUCAACGCAUUUCUCGGUCACCCGACCUGCUUUCGCGCUACAUCAGCUACGGCUCGUCCCUACACGAUGCGGCACCAUGCGACGGCGGGUGCCGCCAGACGAUGCUGUGCGCCAUCAUGGCGUCCCGGCGAGAUCUGCACGCGGCGUGCCUCGGCCGAGGCGACGAGGGUCACUCCGCGCACGGCCUGCCUGUGAAAGACGGCGCCGAGACGCUGCCGACCGUUCGGGAUGUGACCGUGGGACUCACCGUUUCGGCGAGCGUGGUUGCAGGCAUCGUGCUGCUCGUGAUAGCCAAGAGGGCGCGCAUGAUGCGAGCACAGCACUACGGUCGCUUCAUCUAG